GUGUGAACCCCCCCUCCCCUCCUCUACCUUUCGCCACGCGCACCAUGCUUAGCGCCCAUUUACUGCCGUCUUCGCACGAGCCACGCGCGAGCACACCUCAUUCCCGCCCCACACCGGCCCACGCGGUCCCCUCGGAAGAGACGGCUUCAGCACCGGGACAGCUCCCUCUCGUCUGACGGUAACAUGGCGUCCGAGUUCCACAACCUUCAGGAACUGUGUCCCAGUGCGUCUCUGGCCACUAAAGUGUUCAUACAGAGGGACUACAGUGACGGAACCAGCUGCAAGUUCCAGACCAAGUUUCCCUCGGAACUAGAGAGCAGGAUAGAACGCUCCUUGUUGGAGCAAACAGUGAAGACGCUGAACAGCUUCUACAGGGAGGCGGAGCUAAUCAGUGGCCCCGCCUACUUGGAGAGCUGCCUCGCCUGUGCCACCGCCUACAUCAUCUACCUCUGUCUGGAGACACGCUAUGAGAAGGUGCUGAAGAAGAUCUCUGGCUACAUCCAGGAACAAAAUGAGAAGAUCUACGCCCCCCGAGGCCUUCUCAUCACAGACCCCGUCGAGAGAGGCAUGAGAGUGAUUGAGAUCUGUGUGUUUGAGGACCGCUGCUCCAGCGGGAGCUCCAGCAGCUGCAGUGGCAGCGCCAGUCCUGCAGGGGGCAGCGUGCGGUGACUGGAGGAGCAGCGCCGGGGCGUCGGCUACGGGGGGGCGGGGCCAGCCAGCAUCCGCAUGCUGAAGCACGAGAGCACACGAUUCUGAACAUCACACACACACACACACACACACGAUUCUGAACAUCACACACACACACACACAAACACACGAUUCUGAACAUCACGCAACACACACAAACACGAUUCCGAACAUCACGCAACACACACAAACAUACUGUACAUGAUUCUGACCACACACACACACACACACACGAUUCUGAACAUCACACACACUCACAUACAUGAGAAACACCUCAUCACAUCUAACAAAUAGAUACACUUCACACAACGCCCUGACACACAUAACACACACAUCUCUGUGACUGCUGUAGUGCUCUUCUGUGUUCCAACGCCCCAUAUAUCACCUCUCCAUACGCGUCCUGGUGCUGCUGACAUUAACUUCUCAACACACACACACUCACACGGUACAGUGUGUGUGUGUGUGUGUGUGUGUGCGUGUUGCCACAAAACUCUGUGUUCAUGUGAAGCAGUCAACACUGUGUGUUGACUGGAUUCUGUGUUUGACACAAGAGUGUGUGCUUUUUCUUUGAGAUUGUGUUUGUUCAUCUGAGAGUGUGUUGUCUCACACAACUGUGUUUACAUACGGCUGUGUGUGUGUGUUUACAUACGGUAUGAUGCGAGACGGAAUCCUACGCUGGACUGUGAUAUUCAUACUGUAAUCAGACUGAUGUCGCAUGUAAAGGUCUGUUAGUGUGUGUGUGUGUGUGUGUGUGUGUGUGUGUGUGUGUGCCAAUAAAAUAUAUCUUGACGUGGAAUGGCCAGUGGGUUUAAGAGACAACAUACUGCCAACAGUUUGUCUAGGCUGGGUGUGGCUGUGUGUGUGUGUGAGAGAGAGUGUGUGUGUGUGUGUGUGUGUAUUAAUGCAUGUGAAUGUGCUUGUUUAUGGUCAGUUGGUGGAUGACCAGAAAGUCACUCUCGGUAUUAUACAAAAGCUAUAUUCUUUUGAUUAUGUGUGUGUGUGUGUGUGUGUGUGUGUGUGUGUGUAUGUGUCCUUGGGGAGGGGAGGGGGAGAACUGUAUGCAAAGACCGAGACUGAAGUGCAGUGACGUUUUUUGAAGUCUGGCAAACACACACAAACAGACAAACACACAAGCACAUCAACACACAGACACACACACACACACACACGCAAAAAGAGAGCUUUAGAAUGCCCAGAGAGAUGCAAGUCUCCAUGGCAACUCUUUGUAAGGACCAAGUUUACAUGCCAGACUUUUCUAAAUCUGAUGUCUUUCCUAAAUAUGUAUUCUACUCUCUAUUUAUAGCCUCUAUUUAUCUAUUUAUACAAAUGUAUUUUAAACUAUAUAUUUAUGUAACCUCUUUAUAUCUUACAUAUGCUGUGUGUACCUGCAUCUGUGGGGGGCGGGAUGUCCCGUCUUCUCGUGUGUGUGUGUGUGUGGGUGUGUGUGAGAUGCAGCCUCCUUAGGUUGCAUGGGAUUUUUGACACUGCAACCACACCCGAUCACACACACACACACACGUCUGAUAUCAUUAUGUGUUCACUGAUCUUCAGAUAAUCUUCCUGUCUGAGGUCAUUUCUUGUUCAUACGUCAUUGUGGUGCUGCAGAG